GCCUGCAGGCGGCGCGCUGCUCUCGCUGAGCUCGCGGAAGUUUGGGAGAAAAUGGCGUCUUCCUGAGCGGCAUGAGAAGAUGUAUAUGUUUUGUUUUUUGAGUUGAAACUGUCCGGACAUAUUCGUGUUAGCGUAGCAUCAAAUCCCAGACUUUUGCUAUAAAUGUAAGAUAUACACGAACCGGGAGACCCGGACCCUGACAGCAGCGCCAUGGCAUCCGAACCCGCGACCCCCGCGGUGCUACAGCCCCGCUGGAAGCGCGUCCUGGGCUGGACCGGCCCGGUGCCGCGGCCCCGGCACGGACACCGAGCCGUGACUAUCAAAGAGCUAAUGGUGGUGUUCGGCGGAGGGAACGAGGGGAUCGUGGACGAGCUGCACGUCUACAACACAGCUACCAACCAGUGGUUCAUCCCUGCGGUGCGAGGUGACGUCCCCCCCGGCUGCGCCGCCUACGGCUUCGUGUGCGACGGGACGAGGCUGCUGGUGUUCGGGGGGAUGGUGGAGUACGGCAAAUACAGCAGCGACCUGUACGAGCUGCAGGCGAGUCGCUGGGAGUGGAAACGUCUGAAGGCCAAGGCUCCAAAGAAUGGCCCGCCCCCCUGCCCCCGCCUCGGACACAGCUUCUCUCUGAUUGGCAGUUGCUGCUACCUGUUUGGAGGACUGGCCAAUGACAGUGAAGACCCCAAGAACAACAUCCCCAGGUAUCUAAACGACCUGUACUGUCUCGAGCUGCGGCCGGGCUCCAGCGUGGUCGGCUGGGAGAUCCCGCUGACUUCAGGGCCGCCGCCGCCGCCUAGAGAGAGUCACACUGCCGUGGUGACGAGCGGCCGCGCAGCCAACAGACUCAUCAUCUACGGAGGGAUGAGCGGCUGCAGACUGGGAGACCUGUGGGUGCUCGACAUAGACUCACUGACGUGGAGUAAACCGACGCUCAGUGGAACCGCCCCCCUCCCCCGCAGCCUGCACUCGGCCACCACCAUCAACAACAAGAUGUAUGUGUUUGGAGGUUGGAUUCCUCUGGUGAUGGAUGACGUCAAAGUGGCGACUCAUGAGAAGGAGUGGAAGUGCACCAACACACUGGCCUGCCUCAACCUGGACACGAUGUGUUGGGAGACGGUCCUGAUGGACAGUGUCGAGGAGAACGUCCCCAGAGCUCGAGCAGGUCACUGCAGCGUCGCCAUCAACUCCAGACUCUACAUCUGGAGCGGCAGAGACGGAUACAGGAAGGCCUGGAACAACCAGGUGUGCUGCAAGGACCUCUGGUACCUGGAGACAGAGCGUCCCUGCCCUCCCUCUCGGGUGCAGCUGGUCCGGGCCAACACGUCGUCUCUGGAGGUGAGCUGGGGGCCGUCGCAGACCGCCGACACCUACCUGCUGCAGCUGCAGAAGUACGACAUUCCCGCCACAUCUGCAGCCGCCUCACCUGCCUCUAGCCCUGCCCCCAACCUUGUCCCCAAGAGCCCCGCCCCUAUCGCCACGACACCGGCUAACCAAACUGUCCCGCUGUCCGGCAUCACACUGGUCCCCUCCCCCACUGCGGCUGCUGCUGCUGCUAAAGCACCAGCUGUCCUGAAGGUGGCGGCAGCUCCAGGUGCAGCAGGCGGAGCCUCCAUCGUCACCGUGAGACAGGCCACUCCCAAAUCCCCGGUCGCUGUGACGACGCUUCCUGCAGGUGUUCGUAUGAUGGUACCUGCGCAGGCCGGUCAGGGGACGCCAAUAGGAAGCAGUCCUCAGAUGAGCGGCAUGGCGGCGUUGGCGGCGGCGGCGGCAGCGACUCAGAAGAUCCCUCCGUCCACAGCGGCGAUGCUGAACGUCCCUGCAGGAGCAACAAUUGUAAAGACAGUGGCUGUGAGUCCAGGAUCCAGCAGUCUGCCAGUCAAGGUGGCCGCUCCAGUUACAAUGGUGAGUAACCCAGCCACUCGCAUGCUGAAGACUGCUGCUGCUCAGGUGGGCGGAGCCUCUGUAGUCUCCACCCCCGGGACCCCCAGCCGACCAAUCAUCACGGUCCAUAAGUCCGGCACGGUGACGGUCUCCCAGCAGGCUCAGGUGGUCACCACGGUGGUGGGCGGAGUCACAAAGACCAUCACUCUCGUUAACAGUCCACUCAGUGUGGGAGGAGGCGGAGCUCUGUUUGGUAACCUGGGUAACCUUGGUAACCUUGGUAACCUGGGGAAGGUGGUGUCAGUGGUUCAGACCAAACCAGUUCAGAGUGGAGCAGUUACUGGUCAGGCUGGGAGCAGCCCAGUCACCCAGAUCCUCCAGACGAAGGGCGCUCUCCCGGCAGGAACCAUCUUGAAGUUGGUGACGUCAGCAGAUGGUAAACAGACCACCCUCCUCAGCACCGCGCAGGCCGGAUCCACACCAACCAAACAGACCAUCCUGGGCGUUGCCCCGGCAACCUCCAAACCUGGCACCACAAUCAUCAAGACCAUCCCAAUGUCGGCGCUACAUGGGGGGGCAGGUGCUAACAGUCCAAUCACGAUCCUGACCACCAAGAUGGUGACACCAGGAAGUGCUGGAAAAAUCAUCACCACCGUCCCCAAAAUCACUGCAGCUGGACAGCAGGGGCUCACACAGGUGGUGUUGAAAGGAGCUCCGGGGACGCCUGGUACGAUCCUCAGGACCGUCCCAAUGAGCGGAGUCAGACUGGUGUCACCGGGAGCUGUCGGCACCAAACCCACCGUCACCACACUGGUCGUCAAAGCAACCACAGGUAUGUCCAGUCUGGGGACAGCAACAGGAAGCGUCUCCACCACGGUGGCAGGAGGAGCUGUCUCCACUGCCAACGCCUCCCUGGCAACGCCCAUCACCACCCUGGCAACCAUCGCCACGCUAGCCAGCCAGGUUACCACAGCAACCGCCACCCCCACAGGACCCAAACAGGUGACUCUGAUCACGACUCCCAGCGGUGCAGAGGCUCAGCCGCUGGUCCAGGAUCUGCCCGUCUCCAUUAUGGCUUCUCCUACUUCAGAAGAACCUGGAAGUACUACAAAUACUACUACUACUACUACUGCAGGGGGAGAGGCUGGAGACACUGCAGCUGCUACAGUGACGUUGGUCUGCUCCAACCCGCCCUGUGAGACCCACGACACCGGCACCACCAACACCGCCACAGUCGCCACGGCAACCAUGGGUGGUAAUGACAGAGCGUGCUCCAACCCGCCCUGUGAGACCCACGACACCGGCACCACCAACACCGCCACAGUCGCCACGGCAACCAUGGGUGGUAAUGACAGAGCGUGCUCCAACCCGCCCUGUGAGACCCACGACACCGGCACCACCAACACCGCCACCGUGGCCCCCGCCAGCCUGAGCCCGGUGCUGCAGGUGAGCUCCAGCCAGCCUUCAGCUCAGCAGUCUGCUCCUCCACAUCCUGUCAGUCUGAACGGAGGGAACACCUGCUCCAACCCGCCAUGUGAGACCCACGAGACAGGAACCACCAACACCGCUACCACAGCAGGAGCUGGAGGACUCAGACAGGUGUGUUCCAACCCGCCAUGUGAGACCCACGAGACAGGAACCACCAACACCGCUACCACAGCGACAGCUCAGCAGGGUGGAGACGGUCUGCAGGGAGACUCCACAGACCCCUCCUCCUCCUCUGACCCCGCCUCCUCCACCACAGCCAGUCAGAGCAGAGCUGUCACCACGGUUACACAGGCCACACCCACACCUGGGCCAUCCAUACCUGAGAUCUCUUCAUUGGUCGGAGAGGGCAGGGCGGAGUCCUCUGAGGAGGCUGUUGCCAUGGUGACCGCAGCAGAGGGGGAGGAGCCUAUGCAGACGGACAGCCAAUCAGGGCAUGUGAUGUCAUCAGAAGCCUCAGUGUUACAGGUUCAUGUGGAGGGCAGCGAGGCGGCAGCACAGAUGGACAGCGGUCUUCCUCAGGAGCUGAUGUCAUCUGAGGGGGACGGAGGUGAGCUGGUCUCCGGGGCGACGACCCUGAUGGUGACGGGACUGACCUCGGAUCAGCUGGCUGUUACCACGGCAACAGAGGAGGCAGUUCACCAGGCGACAAUACAGGCGGUCCUGCAGGCAGCAGGACACAUCGGAGACGCGUCGGUGGACCAGCCCAUCCCCAUCGUUCUGACCCAGCAGGAGCUGGCAGCUCUGGUCCAGCAGCAGCUGCAGGACGUCCACAACCAAGCAGAACCAGCAGAACCAGAACCGCAGCACAGCAGCGUGCCCACAGAGGGCCUUGCUCCAGCAGACAGCCUGAAUGACCCGACGGCAGAGAGCAACGGACACGAGCUGACAUCAUCGGCAGUGACGAGCGCCGUGGCCCGAUUGGCCAGUACGUUUGGCCCCGCCCCUCCUCUGACGGCCAGCCCGGCUAAGAUUCAAACUGCUGCGCUCGCCGAGGUGACCAAUGGCAUAGCAGCAACUGCCGGGAAGCAGGGCGUCCAGGUGAGGUCAUCAGCGAGGGACAGUCAGUGGUACGACGUCGGCAUCGUCAAAGUGACCAACAUGGUGGUCACUCAUUACUACGUCCCCUACGACGACAACAUGGCCGACGAUGACUCGGGUGCGCUGCCAGACUACAGUCAGAUGAGAAAGGUGGAGCUGCAGCCGGGGACCGCCUAUAAGUUUCGGGUCGCCGGGAUCAAUAUCUGCGGGCGCGGUGCGUUCUCGGAGGUGUCGGCGUUUAAAACGUGUCUUCCCGGUUUCCCCGGAGCGCCCUGCGCCAUCAAGAUCAGCAAGAACCUGGACGGGGCUCAGCUCACCUGGGAGCCUCCUGCCGUCACAUCGGGGAAGAUCACGGAGUACUCUGUGUACCUGGCCAUCCAGUCCAGCCAGGCCACCUCCUCUGGUUCAGGUUCCGGCCCGGCCCAGCUGGCCUUCAUGAGGGUCUACUGCGGUCCCAACCCGUCCUGCCUGGUCCAGGCCUCCAGCCUCGCCAACGCCCACAUCGACUACACCACCAAGCCUGCCAUCAUCUUCCGCAUCGCCGCUCGCAACCAGAAGGGCUACGGGCCGGCCACGCAGGUCCGGUGGCUACAAGAAAGCAGUAAAGACGCCAAACCAGCAGCGAAGAGACCAGGAGCUUCUCCUGAUUUUAAACCUGUCGGACCAAAGAAGUUCAGAACCGACCAAUAGGAGGAGCCAACGUUCUGCUGCGGACUGUGAUUGGUUGCCACCGUCUUAAGCUCCACCCUGCAGCUGGUUACCAUGUCGACGAGGAGGAGGCAGGGCAGCUUCCUGUCCCACAGGAAACAGACAAAAUAAAAGACUUGUAGGAUAUUUGUACAUUAUCGACCAAUCAGAACUCUUUUCUUCUUCUAAGGUGUUUUUGUUGUCAUGGAGACAGCGAGGGGCGGAGUCCACAGCUUUUCACCUUCAAAUGUCAACAAUAAAGUUGUUUAUUACACGUAGAUGUAGCUGUCUGUGUCUCGCCCCGUCUCUGAGGUCGUGUCAAAGGUCGCCGCGCUGUCGGGGGCGGAGUUUAAACAAGCUCUGUUGUAAAUUUUCUUCUGUAGCAUCAAAAGAUUUUGUUUUUCCUUGACGUCUGUAUGAAAAGAAGUUAUUUUUUCUUCUGUGGUUUCUGUUUCUUCUUCUGUUGAUUAAGUGUUGGCCGCAGUGAUGCAGCUCACCCAUUGGUCAGUUUGUCUGAGCAGGAAGCGAAUGAUUUUUCAGCUGUUUGAAAAUCGAACCUGUUUGUGAAUAUUCUCUUGAACAAUAAAGAUUUUUAGAGCAUUUUUUUA